AUGACCCAUAAAGCUGCUUGGGUGCAUGAGGGCUUGCUGCUCACGACGCUGCGCCGCCUCCUUCGACGGCUCCUUCAUCUUCGGCGUGUUCCCGGUGACCUUCGGCUCGUGACUAAGAUCAGAAGUGCUCUGCUGUGGCUGGUGGAUGCCUUCCCUCAGGUUCAUCCUUUCCUGGAGGAUUGCAGCGGCGACGAGGCCAUUGCCGUUGUGGAGUCCCUCAUCACUGCGGAGGUCAGCCAGCAGAAGACCCUGGCGUUGCGCAAAUGGCGCAACGAGGUCGAGGGCGAUGUGGCGGCCCAGCGUGCAUGGAUCAAGCGACGUGCUCGUGUUGAGGUCGAUGCCGCGUGCCCGGCCCAGCCGCCAGUGGAGGCGAUGAGGCGCGCUGCUCAUCCUGCGGUGGUGGUGGAGGCGGCCGCUCUUGAGUGGGGCGCUCGCUGGACUCGACCACCUUCGGUGCCAAUCGCUGCUGCUUCUAGGAUCUUCGAGGCGGUGCCCCAGCGCCCUGCUUCGCGACUUGACUUACGCUGCACUGGUCAGGAGCUCCGGGCAAUCAACAAGGCAAUGCUUGGGAAGUCGGCGGGGCCUGAUUCCUGGACUCCCGAGAUGUUCGCGAUGCUCCCGGACCCUUUCUGGAAUUGCUUCGCGGAGCUGUGGCUGACCAUUGCGUCCUCUGCAAAGGUACCUGCCAUGUGGAGGCGGGCUCGGGUCGCGCUGUUGGACAAACCUCGUGGAGGAUUUCGGCCGCUGAGCAUCCUGUGUUUGGGCUGGAGGGUGGGAGCCAAAUGGUUCCUUUCUCACUUGGGCACCUGGGUCGGCUCGUGGGCUGACCACAUGACGCUUGGUGGGCUGCGCGGACGGUGUGCUAAGGACCUGCUUGCUCAGCUGCUGGCUGCCGCUGAGGAUGACCAGCACGUCAUUGCGCAGGACCUUGAAAAGUACUUCGACGGCAUCCUCAUCGACCACCUCGAGGUUGCUUUGCUGCGCCUUGGAGCCCCGCCUGAGCUCCUCGCGCUGACCCAGGCCUUGUACGGGGAUCACUGGAGAGUUUUUUCUCGGGACGGCGUCCUUGGGGAUCGCUGGAUUCGAUGCUCCCGUGGCAUAGCUCAGGGCUGUCCGAUGUCACCCCUCCUUGCCGGUGUCCUGAUGGUGGGCUGGAGCUCGUGGGUCGCCUGCUCCUCUGCGACUGCGCUUUCUUUCUUUGACGAUCGCUACAUGAUUGGCGACAGGGCUUCGGUGCUGCUUGAGGCCAAACGUCGCAGCGAUGAGUAUGACGCCGCUCUGCUCUUCCGCUGUGAUCCUAAGAAGUGCGGCUUGGCUUCGUCCUCGUGUGGUGCUGAGGGCCCCAGACUGGCUACACAGUUGGGGUAUGAACACAAACCUCAGUUGGAGGCUUUGGGCAUCGUCAUCGACUUCGAGAAGGCCGUGGCACCGUCGCUUGCCAGGUUCUCCCUUGUGAGUGCCAGGCGCAGGCUCAGACUGAUCCGCUGUGUGGCGUGCUACCUCCAGCACCGGAGGAUGCACAUCAAAUCCAUGGUGACGCCUCUCUUUUCGUGGGCAGGGGCUUUCGCGAUCAUUCCUGAGGCUGAUGCGCUUUCCCUGCGGAGGGAAGCCCUGUACUUCGGCAAAGAGCUCUUGGUUGACACGCCUCCUUGCGUGCUUUUGGAG